GACAGCUGAAUCCGCAGUUCUUGCUUCAACAGUGCUUGAACGGAACUCGGCUUCUCCCGCAUAUCCCGCACUCUUAUUUCUACUUGGCCAAGUCCAGUAAAGUCGUGACAUCAUGAGCGCUCAGAGCCAGAUCCGCCAGAACUACCACGAGGAAAGUGAGGCUGGAGUCAACCGCAUUGCCAACCUGGAGCUGCAGGCCUCCUAUCUCUACCUGUCUGUGGGCUAUUACUUUGAUCGUGAUGAUGUGGCACUUUCCAAGUUCUCAAAGUUCUUCCGGGAACUGUCUGAGAAGAAGCGGGAUCAUGCCGAGGACUUCCUGAAGUUCCAGAACAAGCGAGGGGGGCGUGUUGUACUCCAAGACGUCAAGAAACCUGAUGAUGACGAGUGGGGCAAUGGAACCAAGGCUAUGGAGGUUGCCCUCAAUCUUGAGAAGAGCAUCAACCUGGCUCUCCUAGACCUUCACAAAAUUGCCACUGAUCACACUGAUCCACAUAUGCAAGACUAUCUGGAGCACGAGUUCCUGGAGGAGGAGGUUAAGCUGAUCAAGAAGCUGGGAGACCAUCUCACCAACCUGAGACGCGUAAAGGCAGCUGAAGAAGGCAUGGGAGAAUACCUGUUUGAUAAACUCACCCUGGGAGAAGACUAAGUGACUAGAAGUCUUUAAAUAUGUGGGGUACAGCUCCUGCCUGGCCAAGUGCCCCCUUCCUCCAGCUUCUUGCUCAUUUACUGAAAUCCAAAGUUGAAAUCUGAUCUAUGGAGUGUGAUUUGCAUGAUCUGCAUAAGCAAAAUAAAGCUUUUAUCAGCAGCA